CCCUUAACAUACCCAGUGUCACCACCAGCCUGGCCCCAUCUUACUCCCAGGGCCACCACUGGCCCCUCACUAGCUCACAGUGGCCCGGGUGUGGCCCCAAGAGUGGCCCACGCAAGUGGUAAACAAGUGGCCUGUAACCCCCCAUCCACUGCUGAAAUUUAUAUAAAAAAUCAUGGAAAUUGACUCCUAAUAUGUUCUAAAUCUGGAAAAUUGCUUCAGACAAUUUGAUAGAUGGAAUAGUUCAAGUAGUGAAAUCAAAAUAGAAGUCACAGUAUAGACUUGAAGACUGUGCAGUGUUUAAUGAUGUAAAUGUAUUCAGAAAUUGUGAAGUGUGUACAUUGUAUAAUGAAAGAUAACAUUACACAGAGUUAAUAAUGUUUGGUUUUUAUGUGGAUUUUAGUUUGAGGAAUAUGAAACUCAGUUUAGUAAAGGUGCUAGGACUAUUUAUCUUUCAAUGAAGUAGCCUUCAGUUUUGUGGCUUGGUGAGGUGUGAGGCAGGUGUCCCAUGUGUGGGGUGGCGCGGGACAAGACCGGUGAGAGUGACAUUGUGCCCCCCCUGGAGGCCGCCAUGCCUCCAUCCAUCACACUGGGAUCUGAACCUCCCAAGCCCACAGCAGGUCCGGGUGAUCAUCUGCUUCCACAGGAGCCACCUGCGAAUAAGGAUAUACCCACGAUCGACUUGUCUUGUGAUGAGAACGAUGACUUGCAGAAGGCAAUUGCGCUCAGUCUUCAGGACCAGCAGGGCACUACCACACUGCAGGGUGUUUCAGCUGAGGAUCAAGAGGUUUCUCGAGCCUUGGAAGCUAGCCUAAAGGAAUCUCAGCCUCAGGCUACCAUUGACCUUUUGAAUCCUCAGGAACGUAAACGACAGCCUGGAGUUCCUGUGGGCCUUAAAAAUAUUGGCAACUCGUGCUGGUUUAAUGUUGUUAUACAGCCUCUCUUUCACAUACCAGUGUUUAGAGACUUGAUCCUCAAUUACUCUCAAAAUGGGGAUGUUGACGAGCAAAUGGAGGAAACACAAAAAUCCUCUCGGCAGCUUGUUCCAGCUUUACGUAAACUUUUUGCUUUAAUGAUUGGCUCAAAUAGGAAGUAUAUUGACCCUACUCAUGCAGUUCAUAUAUUUCAAGGGCAAGAAAUGAGAAAAAAUGCUCAGCAAGAUGUCUGUGAGUUCACUCAUAAGCUUUUAGAGAGACUUGAAGAGGAAUUUCAACAACUACUACGGAGGCAGGGGGUUGAAAAGGAGAGUUCAGGGUGUCAUGUCUCAAAGGAUGCUGACUUUGACAAUCCAAUCAUGAAGCUUUUCUAUGGUCAAUCAAAAAAGGAAAUCUGUGAUGAUGAUGAAGGUCCUAAACAGGAAGCUUUUGGUCAGUAUCCUCUCCAUGUAAUGAACUAUGAAGAUAUACAUGACAGUAUUCUGGCUUCAAUGGCUAGCUGUAUGCCCAACACACUUGGGGAUGUUGUUGAACCUGUGCAACAGGAAACCUGGUUUAAGAUGUUGCCACCUGUUUUAAUAUUUUCUUUGUCUAGAUAUGAAUAUUCACAUGAGAAGAAAAGAGCUGAGAAAGUUCACAAUAAAUUUGAAUUUCCAGAAAUCUUGUAUAUGGACCGCUAUAUGGAAAUUAAUAAGAAAAUUAUAAAAGAAAAACACAUAAAAGUUGCUAAGUUGAAGGGGGAAUUGAAUAGUCUAACAAAGACACUUGAUAGAUAUCUAAAGUAUGGUACUGGUAAAGCAAAAUAUCCAAUUGGUGACAUUCUUAAAUAUACAUUAGAUUUUGCACACACUGGCCUUAGCCCAGCAUCGGAAGCAGAGGCUAAUUCUGUUCCAUCUCCAUCUAUGAUGGAAGUGGAUGGGGUUGAAGCCUGUGAAAAUGAUGUUGAAAUGGCUGAUGCCCCAGAAGUUAAGAAAGAACGUUUACAGGAAAAUGGCAUGGAAAAGAACAAAUCGAGCAUAUUAAUUAAAGGUGAAACUAUUAUGAAUAAUUUGAUAUUAAAAGAGGAACUAGUAGCAAACAAUAUAAUAGUAAAGGAAGAAUCAUUAUCUAAUAGCCUUGGCUCAAACGAGAGGGAAGCUGAUGAGGAACCUCAGCAGAUGCCAUCCCCAUCCAAAAGAAUGAGGAUACUGCCUCCAGCACCACGAAACAUAACUUCUUCAGAAUUGUCCAUUUUGCAGUCUUGUCUUUCACGUUGGCUUCAGGAUAUAAACUUGCAAGUUGCAGAGCUCCGUCGAUGUAUUGCUGAGCUCGAGCAACAGCUGUAUCAAAUGUAUGAUGAACCCUUCCUGAAAAGGAUACCAUAUAGGUUGCAUGCUGUUGUAGUUCAUGAAGGGCAGGCCUCAGGGGGCCACUACUGGGUUUAUACAUUUGAUAAUGUACAUAAAACAUGGAAGAAAUUCAAUGACAUACAGGUUGUAGAUUCUAACUGGGAGGAACUUUUGCAGGAUAGUGUUGGUGGGCAGAAUAAUGCAAGUGCAUACUGCCUUCUCUACAUUGAUGAGAGUCGCUAUAACACACUCUUUCCUCAAGCUCCAGAAAACAUGGAAACUAUGAUGGCCAACAUUGCUAUUGACUUACAGGAGUAUGUCAAGAAUGACAAUUUAGCUUUUAUGAGAGAGUUAGAGGAGUGGGAUACUAAACAGGAGAAAAGUGACCAAGGAAAGGACCCUGCGGUGGGAUUGCAGUAUCAGCAAAGUGGCAGUAGCUCAUGGGAUAAUAAUAUGCCAUUAGUACCAGUUACAGCACCCAACUCUCCUGAUAUUAUUUGUGUUCAAGAAGCUGAUGAAGCAAGUUUUUUCACCGAGGUUCAAACAAUGCUCACUCAGACCAUUCUUGAUGCUCUUGCCAAGAAAGAUGAAAGUACAUUACAAAGAGAACGUGGGGCUCUGUUGAAUACUAUCUUGAUUAAUGAAUUUGUACGUCUUCAGAGUUUUGCUGAUGUAAAUCCUGAGAGUAAUCCCUACAGUGAACCUUCUAUUUUAGACUUUGGAGUCUACCUCAUACGAAAUAACCAAAAUAUAGGUUCUCUUUUGCGGUGGUAUGGAUGUGAGGUAGUCUUACAAGUAGCACAGACUGUAAAUGAGCGCACACCUGUAAUAGAAAGAGUAGCACAGGAAGCUGCACAAUACUUGCAUCAGCUUCGUGAGCAGCACCAACGUACUGAAGGGCCAGAGUACCGUGGUUGGCGACGCCAUUACCGCACUCUAAUUGACUGUGCAUGGCACUUAGUUUUCGGGUAUCGUCAGUAUGAGAAAGGUCAUUUAGAACGUGCUCUACCUCUCUUGCUCCGAGCUUGUCGAUUUCACACAGAGUUGAAAGAACGACCACCAUCUGGUACCAAAAAAACGUUGGAUAGAAGAGUGCUCUGGAAGUGUAGACGUACAUGCUUAUUGGCUCUAAAUGAACAUCUAAUAGAGACAUUUCUUAAUGGAGAAGAGCAACAAGUUGGGGAAAUUCAUGGAAAUGUGACUUCACUGAUUAUACCAGCUUUAACACAGUUAGGUGCUUGUGGUGUUGAAGAAGACAAGGCAACGGCAGAUGAUGUUCGUGCUCAUUGGUGCCAGCUAUUGGAAAGGGAAAUAGGCUCUCCAGCUAAAUCCAAAAUGAUUGGACAGAUAUUGGAAGGGGUGCUGAGCGGAGGGGGUGAAACCAAGGGAAUACUUCCGGUGCAGAUCCCUCGUCCUCCAACUGUUCUUGCACUGUAUAAGCAAUAUGUGGAAACUUGUAGUGCUGUUAUGACAGCUACAAGUAAAUGUAAGACCCAGACUAGUGAUUUGUGAGAUUUCUGUUC